GCUGAGCUGAAGCCAGUUACCAUGAGGGCAGCAACGUCUCGAGUCAAGCAGCUUAUCUUACUGCUCAUCGUCUGUGGCACACUGGGCGACAGCCACGCCUACGAAGUGCCCAAGGUGACGGUGAAGGUGAACAGUCCAAAGGGUUUUGAGGUCUCCAUACCCGAUGGGCCAGGAAUUUCGCUGUUUGCCUUCCACGGCAAACUCAAUGAGGAAAUGGAUGAUCUGAGUGAUCAGACCUGGGCCACCGAUAUCGUUACACCGCGUAAUGGACGCUGGACUUAUAUUAAUCGGCUGCAAAAGCUCCAGCCAGGCGAUGUGCUCUACUACUGGGUGACUGUACGAUAUAACGGUCUGGACUAUCACGCGUAUAACCAGCGGUACCAGGUAGGCCAAGACGAUGCCAGAAGCCAAAAUACGACGAUCAAUUUGACCAGAAAAGAUGGAACCAUUUCACAAAUCAUUGUCAAUGGGAAUCCCACCAUAAAUAUUUAUGUUUCAUAAAUUUGAAUAAGUUCUCAGCCGUAGGCCAAAAAGUGUUAAAUUCUAGCUUAGGAAAUUCUAAUGCUGUGCUAAAUUAUUAAUUAGUGAAUAUGAA